AUGGCGUCGAUGGUCGAUUCGUUCAAGACUGGGAAGGUCUCAAAACCAACCGAUCUCACCCGCAAAAUCGAAGUGAUUGGAUAUGUUUAUGACGCUGGUGCUAGCACGACUCCUACGCGAAAAUCCCAAAUCGUAUAUCUCGGUGGGUUUGAGGUCUACACUGAAUACUCUUCGGAUGGAGAUACGGUAACCUUGAAACGCGAGCGUCUGUCUGUUUCGGACGGCACAUCACGCGUGGCAAUCGUCGAAACCCUUACGAGUGGCGCCGAUUCUCCAGAAGCAUCUUCCCCCUUGAUCCGCUACCAAAUAUCAAAUAGCCUCGGGUCGAAUAUACGCCAUGGCUCAACCUCAUACCAAGCCGUACGGAGCCAGCUGACGCCAGCCAAAAAAUAUCGUUACACUGGAAAAGACCGCGACAAAGAGUCUGGUUUCUACUAUCACGGAGCUCGUUAUUAUAUGCCCUGGCUUGGGCGAUGGGUCAGUGCUGAUCCAGCGGGCUUCGUGGGCGGACCUAACUUAUUCAUUUAUGCGAACAACAAUCCCGUGUGCAGAAAUGACCCAGAUGGUACGAACGGUAGAGUAACGGUAGGCGUACCAGGCAACCCCCAGACCGAGGAGCAACUCAAAGAGAUAAUGGUAAAGAAAGGGGUAACCUGGACGGGGCAUGCAAAACAGACUAGGCCAAGUCAUUGGGAAGCAAUAGGGGGAGUGAUCACCGUCAAUAAGAAACCUGGUCCUUCCGGCAGUGAGACUGGCGGCGCAUCCGAGCCUCCUGGAGGCGCUCCUGGAGGGCCGCCGACUGGAUCACCUCAAGGAACUCCUGAGGGUUCUCCCCAAGGAUCGCCUGAGGGCUCGCCAGCUGGUAGUGGUACCGGUACUGCAACUGGCGCGCAAGGUGGACAAGUUGGCCCAGGACAAGGUGGACAGGGCGGACACGCUGAAGAAGCCGGACCAGGUCCGGAGGAGCGCAGCUUCUGGUCUCGUGGGGGCUUCACACUGGCUGUCGGCGCUCUCACACUUGCGCUUGGCGCGAUCAUCCUCCUGUCCAACCCGGUUGGCUGGUUCGCGUUGGCUUCUGGUAUUCUGUUAGUAGCAAGCGGCGCCUUUGGGGUUGGUUUCGGGGCCACACACCUGGGACUAUCCUAUAGUGGGAAAACGACUGCAGAGGAGGACAGACGACUCACCCAUAUCGCGUCGACUGUUAUGACUUUCACUGGCUCCAUCGGCGGUCUGGUUGGAGGCACCGCCGGGUAUCUCUGGACAGGUACAAUGGAGGACCUCGAGACCGGCGCCUUCUGGGGCAGCAUCGCAGAACGGGUCGGAGUCCUUGCGGAAGGCGCAAUCAGCAUGGUCCGCAUGGAGAUCCAAUUCGGGCGCGGACCCACCUCCUGGAGAAGGGCGAGCGACGUCAUCAAAGAGCUCCUUGGAGCAGGAAAGGCCAACCCGGCGGCGCGCAUGCGCACCAACCCCUUGUUCAAGAAACGGGAGACCCGACAGCUCUCGCAUGUCAUCGCACAGCGCUUUACCAAGGGUUGGGGGUUCUUCAAUCGCCCAUGGAACACGAAGCCGAUGUGGCAGACGGACCACAUGCUCAUUGAUGCAAAGGCCUACCAAUUCGGGACCACGGCAUUCAAGGCAGCAUAUGGUGCACUGCGGUACCGUGGGCUUGAGCGACUCUAUCGUAUCGCUCCGGAGUGGAUGCGCGAGGCCUUCUUUGGUGCGAGCGAGGUUCUUGUAAACUAGUUUAGCAACUAUUUCUGACAAAACGACAAAAGAGUGCCGAGGAAAUUGUAGACUAAUUUUGAUGGAAAUGCCUGUGAUGGAUAUAUUUUUGGUUUUGAUCAAGAAGCUGACAUCCUCAAUUUUCGACCGGC